AUGUUUAAAUCUGUGGGGGAAUUUAUAAAAUUUACAACAUUUUUAUCUCCAGCUUCAAAGAAAAUUGUUGUAAGUCAAAUUCGUGGUCGAAGAAGGACAUUAACUCCACCACCAUGGGUUCCACCAAAAUAUGAAAAAGUUACAGAACUUUUGGAUUCUGAAAAUGAAUUUUUAUUAAAAGAGAUAAGUGAAAUGGAAAAAUCUGGAUCUUUUGUAAGAUCCAGUGUAUCCUUACCAAUUAUUAAUAAUGAAAAUGUAAAAAAAGAAUGGACGCCAAAUUCAAAAAGAGUUGGUUUGUUAGGAACAAAAAUUGGAAUGUUUCCACAGUGGUUAAAUGAUGGAACUCGGGUUUUAUGUACUUUGCUCCAUAUUCAAGAUAAUCAUGUCAUAUCAACAGUUAGUCCAGAUGAAUGGUUUACUAAUUCAAUUGUUGGUAAAAGAAAAGCAUUUGGUAGAUUUGGACCAAUGUGGAAGGUAACAGUUGGAGCAAUAAAUGCAAAUCCAAGGAAAUUUACUUCCCAAUAUAGAAGAAUGUUUGAUUCUUUAUCUAUACCAUGUAAAUUAAAAUUAGGUAGUUUUUUAGUAACAGAGGAUGCUAUUGUAUCACCAGGAACUAAAUUAGAUGUUAGGCAUUUUAAUGUUGGACAAUAUGUUGCUGUAACUGGUAAAACAAUUGAUUGGGGUUUUCAAGGUGGUAUGCAUAGAUGGGGUAUGAGAGGUCAACCAGCAAGAGGAACAACUAAAUCUCACCGUCGUAUUGGAGCAGUUGGUUCUGUUGGAGAUGCAAGAAUUUGGCCAGGAAAACGAAUGCCUGGUCAUAUGGGUUAUGAAUGGCGUACAGCAUCUGGAUUAAUUGUUUUACGUAUGAAUCCUGAUGAACAAGUUAUGUAUAUUAAAGGUUGUGUACCAGGAGAAAUCGGAGAUGUAUUACUAAUAAAAGAUUGUUUGCAACCUAAAAAAAUUUCUUCAAAUGUUCCUUUCCCAACGUUUAAUGAAGUCACUAUAAAAGAUGAUAAAGAAGAUUUGAUUCCAGGUCAAAAUGAUUUAUAUUAUGAGAACGUUUUUAAAAUGAAUCAACCAUCAAUAAUCUUUACAUCAGAACAUGAAACAAAAACAGCAGUUAAAGACAGAACAAAAGCUAAAAUUGCUAAAGUUAAAAAAUAA